UUAUUAUGAAUAGUGAAGAAAGAGAAAAUUGAAAGACAAAGAUGAUAAUCAUCAUCAUCAUCGAGUAUUGUUAUUUUGUUGCUUGCAAUUGAUAAUGUUACGUGUUUAUCUUUUAUUUUUUUACCCUAAUAAACAAUUGUUAAGUUAAAACAAUUAGUUUUUUUACUUAUUACUAUUCUCUCACCUUAAACUGUGUUAAAAUUAAGUUAAUUCACUGAUUGACUAAAGUGAUAAUCAACUAAUGAGUACGACUAAAAUUACGAUUUUCAAAAUACUAAUUUCGUAAACUUUUCAAAUUGAUGUUUUCAAGUGAUUUUUGUCAAAAUUAUUAAUCAAUGGAUCAAUUUCAAUAAUGAAAUUAAAAUGGUUGUAUUGGUGUUUUGCUGGUGAAAUUUAAUAAAUCAUCAUGAUUUAUCUCUAUUGUUGAACGUGUUUUCCAUUGUUUCAAUAACAUGAUGGAUAAGUGAUUAAUUGGAUAAACUUCCAAUCAACAGUGGAAACAAAACAUUUCUCAAUUUUGAGAAAAUUUUUCAGUCAAUCAAAUUGAAAGAAGUGAACUAUAGACAAUUUAGCUUCGAACUGUUUUUAAAAUUAUAACCAAUCAUGGGAGAUACUGAGGCUGGUUCAGAACAAGAUGAUGUUUCAUUCCUACGAACUGAUGAUAUGGUUUGCCUGCAGAGCACGGCAACGGGAACUCGUAUUUGUCUAGCGGCCGAAGGUUUUGGUAAUCGUCAUUGUUUCCUUGAAAAUAUAGCAGAUAAAAAUUUUCCACCAGAAUUGUCAUCAUGUGUUUUCGUGAUAGAACAAGCACUUUCCGUUCGUGCUCUUCAAGAAAUGGUCACUGCAGAAGCUCAAGGUACAUCCGAAGGUGGUGGAAGUAAAGGCGCUUCCGGUGGAAGUUCAAGAACUUUGCUUUAUGGUCAUGCAGUUUUACUUCGUCAUGGUCAUUCUAAAAUGUACCUUGCGUGUCUUUCAUCGACAAGCUCAUCAAGUGAUAAAUUAGCUUUCGAUGUUGGUCUUCAAGAACAUUCAACAGGUGAAACUUGCUGGUGGACAGUUCACCCUGCAAGUAAACAAAGAUCAGAAGGAGAAAAAGUAAGAGUGGGUGAUGAAAUAAUUCUGGUCUCUGUGGCAACGGAAAGAUAUUUACACACAGCCAAAGAGGAGGAACGAAGUAUAGUUGAUGCGAGUUUCAAAUUGACUCAUUGGUCUGUGGCCCCUUUUGGGACUGGUCUCAGUCGAACAAAAAAUGUUGGCUUCGUUUUUGGUGGAGAUGUUUUAAGAUUUUACCAUGGAGGCGAUGAGUGUCUCACAGUUCCAGCACAUUGGGGUGAAUCUCCUGGACAAAACAUGGUUGUUUACGAGGGUGGCCCGGUUAUGUCUCAAGCUCGUUCUUUAUGGAGACUUGAACUAGUUCGUACAAAAUGGGCUGGCGGUUUCAUCAAUUGGGGUUAUCCAUUGCGUAUUGUUCAUAUUACGACGGGACGAUAUCUUGGAAUGACCGAUAAAUUCGAGGUUUGCCUUGUUGCUCGAGAAAAUGCAACAGUCGCUGAAACGGCCUUUUGUUUAAGACAAAACAAAGACGAUAAAAAGAUUGCCAUUGACGAGAAGGAGGAAGAAGUCAUCGGUUUGCCAUUGAUCAAAUAUGGGGACACCUCGUUUUUCUUACAACAUAUUGAGACAGGUUACUGGUUAUCUUAUCGUUCCUAUGAAACAAGAAGAGGAAUCGGUCGGGUGGAGGAAAAACAAGCAAUUCUUUCAGAAGAAGGUAAAAUGGACGAUGGUCUAGAGUUUUCUCGGUCCCAGGAAGAAGAAGCGAAAACAGCUCGAGUUAUUCGAAAAUGUGGCAUCAUGUUCAACAAAUUUAUUCGAAUUCUAGAUUGUCUUUAUAAUCAGCGAUUUGUCCAUGGAGCUCGAAUGGCUUCGAAUCGAGCCUCUUCAAUGCAUCAUGGUGGAUCAAUGCAUGGAAAGACAAGUCCAACUAGUGGCCUAGGUUCACCUCCGAGUUUACCUCUUGGAACCGGAGGUGUUGGUGGUUCAUCGAUGGCUCUUCAUCAAAUCGCAAAUCAAACUGUUUUACCUCAGUGUGACCAAGAGGAAAUGGUUAUGUGUCUUGAAGAUUUAAUCGCUUACUUUGAGCAGCCAGAAGAAGAAAUUGAUCACGAAGAGAAACAAAUUCGACUGAAAGCUCUUCGAAAUCGACAAGACUUAUUCCAAGAAGAAGGUAUUCUUAAUCUUAUCCUGGAAACAAUCGAUAAAAUUAAUACGACAACCAAUCAAGGGUUAUUACACCUUCUUCUUGGCGGUGAAUCAAGUCCAUCAUGGGAUCUCAUCUCUUCUUAUUUGUAUCAACUUUUAGCUGCAGUGAUUAAAGGGAAUCACACUAAUUGUGCUCAAUUUGCUCAAGCUCAUCGAUUGGAUUGGUUAUUUUCUCGAUUCUCUUCUCAAGCCGGUGGAGAGGGUACAGGUAUGCUGGAUGUACUUCACUGUGUUCUCACUGAUUCACCGGAAGCAUUGAACAUGAUGAAAGAAGAUCACAUUAAGGUUAUCAUAUCGCUUCUUGAAAAGCAUGGACGUGAUCCUAAAGUUUUGGACAUUUUGUGUUCCCUUUGUGUGGGUAAUGGUGUAGCGGUUCGAAGCUCUCAGAACAAUAUCUGUGAUAAUCUUUUACCCUCAAGAAGUUUAUUAUUUGAAACACGACUUGUUGACCAUGUAACAUCAAUGAGGCCCAAUAUCUAUGUUGGCAAAGUUGAAGGGUCGGCAAUGUAUCGACGUUGGUACUUUGAGUUGACCCUUGAUCACGUUGAGCAGGUUACUCAUUUAGAACCACAUUUUCGCGUUGGAUGGGCUAGUACUUCAGGGUAUGUACCUUAUCCAGGUGGAGGACCCAAGUGGGGUGGUAAUGGUGUAGGAGAUGAUAUAUUUUCUUACGGUUUUGAUGGUGUUUCUUUUUGGACAUCCGGUGUUCCCAAUCAAGUAAGAACAGUGCCUGAAGGAUCAGCUCACUUGGUUAAAGGUGAUGUUGUUGGUUGCAUUCUUGAUCUUAAUAUACCCUUAAUCACAUUCACUGUUAAUGGGCUGCCAGUCCGCGGGUGUUUCAAGGGCUUCAACACAGGAUCUGGAAUGUUUUAUCCGGUCAUCAGUUUCUCAGCAAAAUAUUCAUGCCGUUUCCUCUUUGGUGGUGAUCAUGGACGCCUCAAAUUUGGUCCACCAUUCAAUCACUCACCUCUUGUUGAAGCUCUUUUACCUGGGCAGAUACUUCAAGUUGAACCUUGCUUUCAAUUUGGUGAAUUAUCAAAAAAUAUUAUCCUUGGUCCAGCACUCGAACUGACCGAUGAUGCAGCUUUUGUCCCUCAUCCAGUAGAUACAAACUAUGUUAGUUUACCACAAUACAUUGAAGGGAUUCGCGAUAAAUUGGCUGAAAAUAUUCACGAAGUCUGGUCAAUGUCCAAAAUUGAUGCAGGCUGGACUUUCUCUGAUAUUCGAGAUGAUGCUGCUCUUAAGCACCCGUGUCUCACUUCCUUCGAGCAUUUGCCAGCCAAAGAGAAAAAGUAUGAUACAAAUUUAGCUCUUUCAACUUUAAAGACGAUUGUUGCUCUUGUUCGUAUAACAAUGGACAAACCACCAGGACGAAUCAAAGUGGUUCGACUACCCAAUGUACCUUAUCUUCAGUCUAAUGGUUAUCGUCCAGCGCCAUUAGAUUUGAGCUCUAUAGAGAUAACUCCCAAAAUUGAAGAGCUGAUUGAACUAUUAGCCGAGAAUACUCACAAUCUCUGGUCAGCGGAAAGAAUUCAACAAAAUUGGACUUAUGGUUUUUCUGAGGAUCCAAAUUCCAGAAGAAGCCCUCAUCUUGUGCCUUAUAAGUAUGUCGACGAUUUGAUUAAAAAAGCAAAUCGAGAUACCGCAUCUGAAAUGGUCAAGACGCUACUGGCCUAUGGAUAUGUUUUAGAAUCUCCGACAUCAGAUGCUUCUGAAUUCGAUAAUAUUAUGGGUAAGGCCAAAAUAAAAGAGGAAAAUUUCCGCUCAUAUAGAGCAGAAAAAAUCUAUGCCGUUACUUCUGGUAAAUGGUAUUUCGAAGUUGAAAUAUUAACCGAUGGACCAAUUCGUUUGGGUUGGGCAAGUUUACACUUUUCCUCUUCCAAAGAGGUUGGGGCUGAUGAAUAUUCUUGGGGAUUUGAUUGUCAUUCAGCUCGAAAAUAUAACAACAAUUCAUCAGAAGCAUUUGGUAAAACAGUUGCAGUUGGUGAUAUUGUUGGUUGUAUGGUUGAUAUUGGCGAUCGAACAAUCAGUUUCUCUCUGAACGGUGAACUAUUGCUCGAUUCAUCUGGAGGGGAAAUGGCCUUUUCAGAUGUAGCUGUUGGAGAAGAAGGUUGUGUUCCCGCUUUAACCUUAUCUGUAGGUCAAAAGAUACGACUCAUAUUAGGACAAGAUGUAAACGCUUUGAAGUGUUUUACAAAUUGUGGUUUACAAGAGGGUUUCCAGCCUUUCUGUGUGAACAUGAAUCGCCCCAUGACUUUAUGGUACAAUAAAGAUGAGCCCAUUUUCAUCAAUGUUGAUGAUACACCUUCACCAAUUGAGGUUACCCGAAUUCCUGGUGGUUCUGAUUCAUCUCCUGCUCUCAAAAUAAGUCAUAAAUUAUUUGAAACACAGGAAAAAGUUUCUUGGGAAAUGUUAAGGUUAAGCUUACCAGUGACUUGUAAUAAUGAGCUAAUUGAUGAUGAUACAAAGCGAAGACGUUUUGAUGAAAAUGUUAGAAGACAACGAAGAGCUCGUGCAGAUCGAAACAGUAUUAGACAUCCAGGUAAUCUAGAGCAGCAUAUGCUUCAAUCAGGAUUCUCUAUGGCCGAUGUUAAAGAUUUACAGAGGGCUUAUUCAGAAGAUGCUUCGGAAGAUGUUGAAAGCCCACAACCUGGUUCUGGUCCAGCAAAUGGCUGGAAUGGAAGAUCAAAUGGUCAUCGUCGAUCAGGAUCUUUAACAAAGACAAAAUCAUUCGAUAAUGCACUUACAGUUCCUUCAUUGGGUCAAGCUCAAGCUUUAAUGAGAGAAACUGGAGGAGGUUUGGCCUCGAAAAGAGCCACUUCCGUCGAGACUCUCAAUAGAAUGAACAGAUCAAAAACACCGGGAGCUGAAGAUAAUAAGAAAAGAGCUAAAUCGCCAUUUAGAUUGUUUGGUAAAAGAGAGCCUCAACUACCCCCAAGAUCACCACGAACUCGUGAGGUUGAACCACCGACGAUUAGUGUUCUUGCUUCAAGUGCCACUCAGCUUAUACCUCCAGCAGUUCCUGAUCGACCUCAGAAUGUUGGGGCUGGAGAUCGUCCAAAUAUACCACUAACUCGACGAGGGUCACGAACAAAUUUAUCCGAAGCUCUUCCAGAUGAAUCUUCUGAUCAACUAGAUCCCGCUUCACUUGAACUUAUCGAUGAAUAUUUCUAUGGAGUUAGAAUUUUUUCAGGCCAAGAUCCACAUCAUGUCUACUGUGGUUGGGUAGUUUCUAACUUCCGUCACUAUGAGAAAACUUUUGACAAAAAUUCCGUGCGAAGGGCAACAAUUCAAGUUUGGAAUGAAAAUGGUGAGCUCGCUGAGUAUUGUGACAGACAAAAUUGUUACAUUUUAAACGCUGGUCAACUUUAUAACGACGUUAAUGACAUUGAACAAUCGGGCGGUCGUUCUAAUCAAGGAAUGUUCGUCGGAUGUCACAUUGAUCUGUCAACUGGAACUUUAACCUUUACUGCUGACGAUAAACCCACAAAGUAUCUUUUCCGCUUAGAACCAGGAACAAAAUUGUUUCCAGCAGUUUUCUUUGAAGCGACAAGUAAAGAAUGUCUUCAAUUCGAAUUAGGUCGAACAGCGACUACUCUUCCCUUAUCUGCUGCCAUCCUUCGAUCAUCAGAAAAACACUUAUCGCCUCAAUGUCCACCUCGAUUGAAAGUUCAAUCAUUACAAAGGUACCAAUGGGCUAGAGUACCGAAUAUGUACUUGAAACCUCAUGCACUUAAACUUUCAGAUAUUCGAGGUUGGUCUAUGCUGGUUGAUGAUCCAGUUUCCAUGUUGGCAUUGCAUAUACCGGAAGAAGAUCGAUGUGUUGAUAUCUUGGAACUUAUUGAAGCUGAGAAAUUCUUGGUCUUCCAUGCACGAACAUUAGCUCUCUAUGGUGCUUUAUGUUUCCAGGGUAAUACUCGAGCAGCGCACAUAAUUUGUUCUCAUGUCGAUGAGAAGCAACUUCUUUAUGCUAUUCAGUCACAAUACAUGUCCGGUCCAUUAAGAUCCGGCUUUGCCGAUCUAUUGAUCAGUCUACACUUAGAGUCUGGUGCUUAUGCACGAUCUUUAACACAGAAUGAAUUCAUUGUACCUUUAGGCAGCGAACUUAAAGAUUUGUAUAAAGGUGACGCUUCGCUGGCUAAUUCAAUUUCGUCACUUGCCUCGGUCUCAAUUCGACCACAAAUGAAACAAUCUGAAAAGGUAGAAAAAGUCGAAUCAGUAAAAGGUUUGAAUGCUCCUUAUUUUCCGGUUGAAAAACUAAAAUCUUUCGUUAUGGAAGCUCUCGAUGAAGCCGUUAAGCUUUCCAAUCGACCAAUGAGAGAUCCAAUUGGUGGUUCAAAUACUGACCUUUUUGUACCUUUACUAAGUUUGAUUGAUAAACUUCUGCUAAAUGGUUGCGUUGAAGAUAAUGACCUGGGAAGUUUAUUGAUUCUCAUUGACCCUGCGACUUUUGAUCCAGAAUAUGUUCUCGAUGCUGAGACCAAGUUGAAAGGUUUACUAGAAAUGUCAUUGGACGAAGGUGUUAAACUUCAAAUGUGCUACAUUCUUCAUCACUUGUACGAUGUUCAACUGCGACAUCGAGUUGAAUCGAUAAUUUCAUUUACAAGUCAAUUCGUAAAUGAUGUUCAAGGUGAUCAAUUUAGGCGAUACGCUUCAGUUAAACAGGAAGACCUUCCUGCCGCUGUGGCCGCAAAGAAAACCCGUGAAUUCCGUUGUGCUCCAAAGGAACAGAUGAGAAUGAUACUUGGCUUUAAGAAUAUGGAAGAUGAUCAAGCCGAAAAUUGUCCAACUGGAGAUGAUCUUAGAGCAAGUCUCAGCCUGUUCCAUGGGGAUCUUAUGAGUCGAGCUAAAGUUGUCCUUGAUGGAGGUAACGAAGAAGAACUGUCGUUAGAGGUGAAAAAUGGUGAAGAAGGAAAAUUAUCUUGGCCUAAAAAGAUCAUUGGAUUUGUCAAAGUGGUUAAAGCGUCGACUGAAGGUGCAACAGCUUCAGACGAGAAAGACAAUGUUAAUCGUCAAGAAGAAAUUUUCAUACGAAAAGUUGUCGACACUGUUAAACAUUGGUCACAAGAAUCAGAAAUUGAAGAUCGAGAAUUGAUUCGUCAGCUAUUUUAUCUACUAUUGAGAAGCUACGAUGGCGUUGGUGAGCUGAUGAGAGCACUAGAACAGACAUACGUCAUCUCUCAUACCUCAAAAGACGAUGUCGUUGGUUUGUUGCAACACUUGGCGACUAUUCGAGCUUUGCUUCCUGUUCAGAUGAGUCCAGAGGAAGAGGAAAUUGUUCGUGAAACUUUAUGGACUUUGGUUCAAAAUCGAGUAUUCUUUCAACAUCCUGAUUUGAUAAAAAUCCUUCGUGUUCACGAAAAUGUUAUGGACAUUAUGACAAAUACAUUGAGUAAGCGAGCACAAGGUGAGUCUGGUGGUACAUCAGGUCAAUCGAGUGGAACAGGAGGAGCCGCUGGAACUGGAAGUAGUGGUAAUGCGAUUGGAUCUGGAACGGGAGCAGGAGGAACAAGUAAAAUGCCCGCUGAGGCCAGUGGAGCGACUGCUAUUGGUGAUACUUCAGCUAUGGUUGUGGCAACUUGUCGAUUCUUAUGUUACUUUUGUCGGUCAAGUCGAACCAAUCAAAAGGCAAUGUUUCAACAUCUCGACUUUUUACUCCAAAAUUCAAAUAUUUUACUCUCACGUCCGUCACUUCGAGGGUCAACUCCUCUCGAUGUUGCUUCAUCAUCAGUCAUGGAAAAUCCAGAACUGGCCUUAGCCUUACGAGAAAACUACUUGGAAAAAAUUGCCGUUUAUCUAUCCAAAUGUGGUUUCCAAUCUAAUCAAGAGCUACUCGAUAAAGGUUAUCCUGACUUAGGCUGGGAUCCAGUUGAAGGUGAACGAUACCUUGACUUUUUCCGCACUUGUGUCUGGGUCAACGGUGAGUCAGUUGAAGAAAAUGCAAAUUUAGUAAUUCGAUUGUUGAUUCGAAGACCAGAAUGUCUUGGUCCAGCAUUAAGAGGUGAAGGUGAAGGCUUACUACAAGCAAUUAAAGACUCGAUUGCAAUGACUGAUAAAAUUAACGCCCAAGAGCAAGCACACGGAAUACAGCAUAGUAAUGGUACUACAAAUGAGGAGGAAAAAGAGGACGAAGAUUUUAUUGACAUGGGAGCAGCAAUACUCAACUUUUAUUGCGCUUUAGUUGAUUUACUUGGACGUUGUGCUCCUGAAGCUGCGACAAUUGCAUUAGGUAAAAAUGAUUGCCUUCGAGCUCGAGCAAUCCUCAAAUCGCUUGUUCUAAUGCAAGAUCUAGAAGGAGUUUUGGCUUUGAGAUUUUCAAUAUUCUCAUCGCCUGAAGCAAUGACCAAAUCAGAUCUACCAAUUGGUUUUCUUCCACAACACAAACAAUCAAUUGUUCUAUUCUUAGAACGAGUUUAUGGUAUCGAAAAUCAAGAAGUGUUUUUCCGACUUCUUGAAGAUGCUUUUCUUCCCGAUUUACGAGCAGCAACGAUGAUGGAACGUCAUGAUGGAUCAGAAUCUCAAAUGGCUUUGGCACUCAAUCGUUAUCUUGGUAAUGCUGUGUUGCCUUUGCUGAUCAAAUACUCUCAUUAUUUUGGGAAUGCAGAAAAUUGGGCUUCACUGAUGGACGCUACUUUACAUACUGUUUAUAGAUUGUCCAAAGUUAAAAUACUGACCAAAGGACAGCGAGAAUGUGUUUCAGAUUUUCUCGUAGCACUAACUCAUGAAAUGCAACCCAGUAUGUUGCUGAGUCUCCUUCGUAAAUUGACCAUUGACGUUUCCGUCCUUACAGAAUAUUCAACGGUAGCUCUUCGUUUAUUAACUUUACACUAUGAGAGGUGCUGUCGAUAUUAUGGUCACGGUGGAUCUGGUUCGGCUUCUGCAGAGGAGCGAAAGUUAAGCACUGUUUUAACGGCCAUCGCUUGUGCUCUACCACCAGAUUAUUCAAUGACCUCGUCUACAGAUGAUUUCUUGCACGCAAAAACAACUCGUGAUGAUGGUCCUUAUCUUCCCAAUCCAGUGGACACUAGUGGUGUUAAUCUCGCAUUGGGAUUGGUUAACUUGAUCAAUCGAUUCGCUGAACAUUAUCACGAUUCAUGGUCACAAAGGAAAUUCGAGCUCGGUUGGACUUAUGCGGAUUCUUGGAGUAUGGAGAGAAAAACUCAUCCCCGUCUUAGACCUUAUUACAUGUUGACUGAUUAUGAGAGGGAAAAAUACAAGGAGCCAAUUACCGAUAUAAUUAAAACACUUCAAGCUCUUGGUUGGGAAUUGGAUCAAACGGAUGCAAGCCAGAUGAACGGUAGAGCCAAUUCACGAACUGAUAUGAGGCCUAAUCUUAACGAUUACAGUCCACAACCAGUAGAUACAUCAAGUCUUACGCUUAAUCGAGAUAUUCAAAGUCUUUCCGAGAGAUUAGCGGAAAAUGCUCAUGAAAUUUGGGCGAGAAAGACGAAAGAAACUCUUGGUGGAAUAAUUCAUCCCCAAAUGGUUCCAUACGAUCUGCUAACAGACAAAGAGAAACGUAAAAAUCGUGAUAGAUCACAAGAACUACUAAAAUAUCUUCAAUAUGAAGGAUUCAAAGUCUACAAAUCAUCCAAUAAAUCUGAAUCAGAUAACAAUAAACAGGAAUCAAGUGGUUUACAUGGUCAUGCUGAGACUCGAUUCGCGUCAUCCUUAUUGGAACGGCUUCUUCAAUACUUGGACACUGCGGCGAUCAGUUUGAAGUUAUUAAAACCAAGUGCUAAUUAUUCCAGGCGAAUGAGUUUUAAACAAUCAAGUCGAGAUAUUAAAUUCUUUUCGAAAGUUGUUCUUCCUCUUGUUGAGAAACUUUUCCAGGCUCAUAAGGAAUUUUUCCUCGAAUCUGCUUCAGGCCAGUCGACACUUGCACUUGGAAUUGCAACUCCCAAAGAGAAAGAGAUGGUCGCUUCAUUGUUUUGUAAAUUGGCCGCUCUUUUUAGAUCGAAACUUUCAGUUAUGGGUUUCGAUGCCAAGAUAUCAGUUCGAUGUCUCCAAGUUCUUAUUCGAGCAACUGAUGCUCGAACUAUUGUUAGAAACUCGUCUGAUUUCGUUAAAACUUCAAUGUUGACUUUCUUCAAUCAUGCAGCCGAUGAUUUAGCUAAUUGUGUUGCGAAUUUACAAAAUUCACGGUUUAGUCACAUUCGGGGAACGACAAUGAAAACAUCAUCUUCACUUAAUUAUAUUCAAUUGGUUUUACUUCCCGUUUUAACCGCUCUUUUUGAUCACUUGGCCUCCAAUGAGUUUGGUGGUGAAUUACUGCUCAAUGAUAUUCAGGUUGCUUGUUAUAAAAUCCUUAAUUCCCUCUACUCUUUCGGUACCAAUCCUAAUCUAACAUUGGACCGUAAAUUCAUCAAAGCUGAACUCGAUUUCCAUCGACGACAAGUUGGUGAUUGUUUGGGCGCUUUUUCUGCAACCUUUCCUGUCGCCUUUUUAGAACCACAUCUAAAUAAGAAUAACAAAUUCUGUAUUCACUCUCGAAGUCAAGAUUAUUCGUUGGAAGCUCAGGCAGUUAUGCAAGAUUUGGAAGCAUCAAUGCCGACACUUGACGAUUUAAUGUCCCAAUUUGAGAAAUAUGUCGAUUCAGAGACCAAGUAUCACAAAGAACCACACACAAUAGACAUUAUCCUCCCCUUGUUAUGUGCUUACCUUUCAUUCUGGUGGAAUCAAGGGCCAGACUCUGUCAAUCCAUCGGAUGGUAAUCAUGUUACCGCUGUAACUAGCGUUCACCUUAAUAGAAUGUUAAAAUCAAUUUUAAAUCUUGUUAAAAAUACUGUUGGACACACUGGUAAUCAAUGGAUGGUGACCCUUCCUGCUCACACUGGUAUGAUUAUCGUUAAUCCAUCGGAAGAACUUUUAAUUGAUCCAGUUUUACCUUUAACUGAGCGAAUCCGCCAAAUUGCCGAUAGAGCUUAUCAUCGGGAAGAUGCCAUGAAAGGUUACCUUAAAUCUCAAUCGGAUGAAACAUCUGAGUUAGAGACUCAAUUAAUGGAGGAAUUUAAUCUUCUCGUUCGAGAUAUUUAUUCAUUUUAUCCCAUGUUAAUCAAAUACGUUGAACACCAAAGGAACCAUUGGCUUCGAGAAAAUUGUAAAGAAGCGGAGCAGAUUUAUCAUUGUGUGGCUACCAUUUUCAACCAAUGGUCGAAAUCACAGUAUUUCCGUAAAGAGGAGCAAAACUUUAUCUCUGCCAAUGAGAUCGAUAAUUUGGCCUUGAUUAUGCCCUGGUCUGGUAGAGCAGGUCGACCCGUCAUCACCAAGUCAGACAUUCAAGCGACCUCGGGCAGGAUAAAGAAAAAGAAACGAGAUGGUAAACGGGAUAAAGAAAAGGAACUCGCAUCUUCCUUGAUUGUAUCGGCACUUAAGCGUGUUUUACCCGUUGGGCUGAAUCUGUUUGCGGGUCGUGAACAGGAGCUUGUUCAACAUGCUAAAGAUAAAUUUCUCCAUAAAGAAAAUGAAGGUCGAAUCUUCGAAUAUGUUAGAACCACCCUUAAUCUACCAGAUAAAAUUGAUCCUUCAGAUGAAAUGUCAUGGCAACAUUAUCUUUAUUAUAAAUUGGGUAGUCAGCGAGCAGGAGCCAUUGAAGAACCCAAAGGAACCGGAAAGGAUCUUGUCCUGGUUCAGAACGUUAAAGCUGAAGAUAAAGAGAAAACACAAGAAUUAUUAGUCGAAAGGAUCAUCGCUAUGGCCAAGGUCCUUUUCGGACUCCAUAUGAUCGAUCAUCCGUCACAAAAAGAGAAAGGUGUUUAUCGAAGUUGUGUUUCUACCCAGAGGAAAAGAGCGGUAAUCGCUUGUUUCAGAAUGAUUUCGCUCCAUCAAUUACCAAGACAUCGGGCCAUCAAUAUAUUUUUACGAACUUACAAUGAGCUGUGGUUGAACGCAGAGAAUAAUGGCCAAGAACAGUUGAUUGAAGAUCUAACUGAAUCGUUCGAGGAACAUGAACAAAAUAAAGGAACCGAAGUUGUCGUCGAGGAUAAACCUGAUCCAUUGACUCAGUUAAUGACCACCUUCAGUCGUAAAGCGACAACGGAACAUGGAGCAGCAGUCAAGGAAGACGAACUAUUCAUGAAAUAUGCUCAUCUUUUCAGUCAGAGUUGCGGUGGGGUAGAAGAGGAAGAGGAAGAAGAGGGUGGCGAUGAAGAGGAGGGUGGUGCGUCUAUUCAUGAACAAGAAUUAGAGAAGCAAAAAUUAUUGUUUCAACAAUCGCGUCUUGCUGAUCGAGGUAUCGCCGAAAUGAUCUUGUUGUACAUAUCAAACUGUAAGGGUAUUCAGACUGAUAUGGUUUUGCAUACACUCAAAUUGGGAAUUUCAAUUCUGAGAGGAGGUAAUACUGAUAUUCAGCAAAGAAUGAUGAAACAUCUCAAGGAUAAAAAGGAUGUUGGUUUUUUCACUUCGAUCGCUGGUCUUAUGAAUUCAUGUUCUGUUCUUGAUUUGGAUGCUUUUGAAAGGAAUCAAAAAGCCGAAGGCCUUGGAGUUGGAUCGGAAGGAACUGCUGGAGAAAAGAAUAUGCAUGAUUCUGAGUUUACUUGUGUUCUUUUCAGAUUUAUUCAGCUUCUUUGUGAAGGUCACAAUUUAGAUUUUCAAAAUUAUCUUCGUACUCAAGCGGGUAAUACAACUACAGUAAAUGUAAUCAUCAUUACGGUUGAUUAUCUAUUGAGAUUACAAGAAUCAAUGAUGGACUUUUAUUGGCAUUAUUCAAGUAAAGAUUGUAUCGAUCCCUCUGGUCAAGAAAAUUUCUGCAAAGCGAUUACAGUGGCCAAACAAGUUUUCUCGACUUUAACCGAAUCAAUUCAAGGGCCUUGUCAGGGUAAUCAACAGGCUCUUGCACAUUCCAGGCUUUGGGAUGCCGUUGGUGGUUUCCUUUUCCUUUUUGCUCACAUGCAGGAUAAACUUUCUAAAAAUUCCAAUCAACUUGACCUUUUAAUUGAGCUACUUGACCUACAGAAAGAAAUGGUUGUCAUGAUGUUAUCCAUGUUGGAAGGUAAUGUUGUCAAUGGAACCAUUGGACGGCAAAUGGUUGACACUUUGGUUGAAUCUUCUGGCAAUGUUGAGCUUAUCCUCAAAUUUUUCGACAUCUUCUUGAAGCUUAAAGAACUUACUUCGUCCAUAACUUUCCAGGAAAUUGACAAAAAACAAAUUGGAUGGGUGACAAUGAAAGAUUUCAAGAAAGCAAUAGAACAGCAGAAAAAAUAUUCUCCAGAUGAAAUUGACUAUAUUAUGAGCUGUUGUGAACCUAAUCACGAUGGAUUAAUAGAUUAUCGCGAAUUAACUGAAAGAUUUCAUAAUCCAGCAAAAGAAAUUGGCUUCAAUUUAGCUGUUCUUUUAACUAAUCUAAGUGAGCAUAUGCCAAGUGACCCAAGACUUCAACGUUUCUUGGAAAUUGCAUCUUCCGUCCUAACCUAUUUCGAACCAUUUUUGGGUAGAAUUGAAAUCAUGGGAUCUUCUAAAAGAGUUGAAAGAGUUUACUUUGAGAUUAAAGAAUCUUCAAUUAAUCAAUGGGAGAAACCACAGAUUAAGGAAUCGAAAAGAGCCUUUUUCUACUCGAUAAUUACCGAAGGUGGUGAUAAGGAGAAACUUGAAUUGUUCGUUAAUUUCUGUGAGGAUGCGAUCUUUGAGAUGCAACAUGCUGCUUCCAUUUCAAUGGAAGAAGAAGAAGAACCCAAAACUUCAGCAGAAUAUCCGUUCCUGGGAGAUGAAGAGAAACCCCCGUCAAUUUUAGAUCCAUUUAAGAAUUUUUUGACUUUCAUCUUCUCCAAAAUUUGGUCCAUAUUAAGUUAUCUAACUCCGGGUAAUCUAAAGAAGCAGCUUCAUGCAAUGAAGGAAAAAUCUCUACCAGAAUUGAUUAUUGGAUUUUUCCGAACAAUUGGACGAUCGUUUCUUUUCUGUAGCCGUUCUGUUUAUUCCCUAGUUAAAUAUGUUCUUCGUUUCAUACUUCGUUUAAUGACUGGUGAACCAAUCGCUGGACCUGUUGAUGCUGAUGAAGAUGAGCCAACCAAAGCAUUGGUACAUGUUCCAAGUGCCUUUACAUUACCUGAUAGAACUGUUACUCCAUUAGCAGGAGCUGUAGCUUCUAUUGAAGCUCCAAUUGUACCGACCAUUGAUUCAGUAGCCAAUAAACAAGUAGGAAAUGGUUCAUCUGAUGGAGUAGUUGAUGGUAGAAGCACAGAUGAAAAAGAUAUCGGAUUGUCUGGUAAAACGAUAGAACCUGGAAAAGAGGGUGAAGAUAGAAAACAGAAAGAUUCAUCAAUCUCUGCAGUGAGUUCAUCAACUAUUGAACCUCGCACUGAAUCUCGUCUAGUACUUGAUCAAGUAUCUGAAAAUAUCGACGAUAAAUCCUUGCCCAUACUAUCUGAAGAAGAAGAACUUUCGAAGCCAGUUGAAUCAGUUCCAUUAUUUUCAUCGUUUAACCUUGGAAAUUAUGCUCAUCGAUUUAUCUGUUUCUUAGCUCGAAACUUUUACACCAUGAAGUACAUCGCAUUGUCAAUAGCGUUUAUCAUUAAUUUUAUUCUUCUCUUUUAUCGAGUCACAAAUACACCAUUGGUUGACCUAGAUGGAAGUGAAUCAGGUUCAGGAUCAGGUUCGGGUUCAGGUUUCAGUUCAGGUGAUUCAAUAGAAAUGUCAAGCGGAGACGGAAACGAUGAGGGUGGUGGUGGUGAUAAUGAUGACGAACUAGAGGAAUGGGUAUCAAUAGAGGAAAGAUUAUUCUACCUCGAACCAAUAAUGAGGAUAUUAGCUGUUGCUCAUUCAAUGCUUGCUAUUUUCAUGUUAAUCGGUUAUUAUCAUCUUAAACUACCUUUAGCCAUUUUCAAGAGAGAGAAAGAAAUCUCCAGGUCAAUGGAGUUUGAUGGUCUUUAUAUUUCAGGUGAAUCAGAUGAUGAUAUAAAAGCUCAUUGGGAUAAACUAGUGAUAUCAACACCUUCGUUCCCGGUCAAUUAUUGGGACAAAUUUGUUAAGAAAAGAGUUCGGGAAACUUAUUCAGAGCAAUAUGAUUACGAUCAAAUAAGCAACAUCCUUGGAAUGGACAAAGGUGGAAUCUCAGCGAAACCGGAAGAUGCUACUGGCUGGUUUUCUUUUUUCUCCACAAUUGACCUUAAAUACCAAAUAUGGAAGGCCGGUGUAACGAUAACUGAUAGUACAUUUUUAUAUAACUUAUGGUAUCUCUCUUUCUCGGUGAUGGGUAACUUUAAUUACUUUUUCUUUGCUGCUCAUUUGUUGGAUAUUGCAUUCGCAAUUAAGACUCUUGCUACCAUUCUUCAGUCUGUAACACACAAUGGAAAACAGUUGGUGUUGACAGUUAUGCUAUUGAUCAUUGUAGUCUACAUGUACACCGUUAUUGCUUUCAAUUUCUUUAGAAAGUUUUAUGUCCAAGGAGAUGACGAUGAAGAAGCUGAGCCUGCUAAGAAGUGUCACUCAAUGUUAACUUGUUUCGUUUUCAACAUUUAUCAGGGUGUAAGAGCCGGUGGUGGAAUUGGUGAUGUUAUUGAACCACCGGACGGAGACGAUUAUGAAGUUUAUCGUAUCGUCUUUGAUAUAACUUUCUUUGUCUUUGUUAUCAUUAUUCUUGUGGCGAUUAUUCAAGGUUUAAUUAUCGAUGCUUUCGGUGAAUUAAGAGGCCAAUUACAAUCGGUUGUCGAUGAUAUGGAAGCUAAUUGCUUCAUCUGUGGAAUUGGUAAAGAUUAUUUCGAUAAGACACCUCAUGGAUUUGAAACUCAUGUUAUGAAGGAACAUAAUUUGGCAAAUUAUCUAUUCUUUUUAAUGCAUUUAAUCAACAAACCUGAUACUGAUUACACUGGUCAAGAAACUUAUGUAUGGGAACUUUAUCAGAAAAGAUGUUGGGACUUCUUUCCGGUUGGUGAAUGUUUCAGAAAACAAUAUGAAGAUGAGCUUUCUGGUGCUGGAUGAAACCUUUUACCUCUCCCUUGAGAUGAAAAUUUUUAGAUAAACUCACCAAAUCAAAUGUAUUAUCAUUUAUGUAAAUCGUUUAUUUCGCAUUUUUAAAAAAAGAUAUCCAUCUA